UGACUUUUGAAUAUUUACCAGCUGGAGAGGAUGGAGCUGGAGGUGCGAGACCUGGAGCCACAGCAGAGAGAAAGAUCAGGUGGUCGUAUUAAGAGCUACCAAGUCGAGCUGAAACGCUUGGAGGGGGAGUUUAUACGUUCUAGGUCAUCCUCGAAUGAAGCUAGCAUGAGGUCAGAGCUCCUGGAGAGUGGGCAUGCAGGCCUAAGUGCGGGAGAGGAACAGCGGCAGGCUCUUUUGGACAACGGAGAUGUCUUAGAACGCACGUCUAUGAAUCUUACACAGGGUCACAAAAUAGCUCUGGAAACGGAACAUAUUGGAGCACAAAUCCUUAAUGAUCUUCAUAGCCAAAGACAAACCAUUAGUCGUGCUAGAGAGCGGCUGCGAGAAACGGACACAGACCUGGACCAGAGUUCCCGCGUGCUCAAUACAAUGCUACGGAGAGUGUUACAGAACAGAUUCAUCCUCAUCGCUGUUUUUGUUGUCCUCUUUAUUGUCAUAGUCAUUGCUAUAUAUGUAUCUUUUACUAGAGACUGAUAGCUCCCUGUUUAUUAUAAAAAGGUGUUCCCACUAUAAUUUUAUGUAAGCUCAUAUUGUAUUUUUCAGAAAUAUAUAUUAUACUCUUUAAAA